AUGGCUUCAAAAACAAGUAAGUUGUAUUUUCAUAUUAUUAAAAGAAAUAAUGACGACUUUAAAUUAGCGGGCAUAUCGGAAAAUAAAGAAACAUGGUAUGUCCUACCUGAAGAGAAGAAUGAUUUAAGUUUGCACGAAGCUCUAUCUACGAAGCGAGCAAUAAUCAAUAUAAUUAAUUCUAUCAAACCUAUCAACGAUUAUCGCACAAUUUGCAUCAAACUCAAUGAAGAAUUGAGAAAAGAAUAUUACGACGAAGACGAAAAUCUAUGUUUUUUAGAUAAUAUGUUAGAAGAAAAAAUUAUUGAUAAACAUGAAUCAGAUGACAAUUUUUUAAAUGAACGAAUUAAGGAAUUAGAAGCUAAGCUAAGUCUGAAUGAUAACUUUAAGCUGCAAGACGUUGAAAAAAAAUUUAUUCUGGAAAAAUUCAACAAAAAGCAAAACCCUUCUGAAUGGAUAGAGAAAUUUGAAAAUGAAUGUAGAAGGCAUAAAAUUCUAAAUCCUACUAAUGUCAUAGAAGCAUUACGCUUCUUUUUAUCUUGGUCACCGAAAGAUUGGUACGAAUCAAAUUUAAAAAAGAUUGGCUUAACUAAUUGGUUAGGAUGGAGAAAGUCCUUUCUGACCAUUUUUGCAGAUAGAGGUUGGAAAAAAAUAAGAACCGCAUAUAAUUACAAAUAUUUAGGUGGUUCUUUAAUAGACUACGCCUUAGCGAAGGAAAACCUAUGUUUAGAAAUUGAAAUUGAAAUGUCGAGAAUAAACAUGAUCGUUAUGGGCCUUCCUGUAGAAAUACAAAACCAGCUUGAUAGAGAAGAAAUAACGACCAUUGAGAAACUGUUCAAAGGACUAACAAAAAUUGAUGAAUGCGUUUCUAACAUCAAGCCGAAAUAUGACAAUAAAUUUUUAAGUAAUGAAAUACCAUACAAUACGGAUGUCAAGAAAAAGCAACUUUAUCAACACAAACAGAAAUAUGAAAAUGUAGACAAAGAAAUUUUGGUACCAAAAUACAAAGUAAAAGCAAAGACAAAUGAUACUCUAAAUAAACAAAAUCAAAGAUAUGAAAAUAACACUCUAAAUAAAGAAAAUUUUGUUAGACCAAAUUUUAUCAGGUCAGAGAAGAAUAUUAAUACCACAGCAAAUAAACCAUGUUUUAUGUGUGAAGAAUUGGGCUGGAAAAAUCGAUAUCAUCCAACAAAUGAAUGUAGAAAUAAGACUCUUUACUCAUCAAAAAGCGAAAUUAAUAUUCAUGAUACUAACUACCAAACAGAUGACGAAGCACAUAUGAUGAAAAUUGAAAUUGACAAGAAAUCUUUAAACUAG